AUGAGCCUACAGGGGCUAAGCCGCCGUCAGCUUGCACAGCGAGCACGGCGUGAAAGGGAGCGGGGCAGUCGACAAUUGACAGAUGUUGGACAUAAUGAUGACAUGGACAUGGAUCCACCUCCAAUGGGCGAAAACACCGUUCUUUCUCGAAGACAAGCUGGACAGCAAUCCAGGCAAGACCGGGAACAUGCUCUCUCACAUUGCCGUGCUCGGCAGGACUACACUGAUGGGACAUCUGUUCACUGGCUGGGCCGCUGUGAGGUGCCAUGUCCGAAAUGUGCCGCGUUACACUGGCUUGAGGAACGUGCUAUCAACAUCGCCGCGGGAGGGGAACGCUCAUCUUUGGCUAAUCCCCUGUUUUCUGGCUGUUGCUCAAAUGGGGCUGUGCAACUCCCACUUCCAUUGGACCCUCCACUGGAACUUCGAGAUCUCUUAACAGAUCAAACACAUCAAGGUAAGCUGCGGCGGGAGCAGCUCCGAAAUUACAAUAAUUCUCUUGCUUUCACCUCAAUGGGUGUUGAUAAGCAAGACAUGCAAGUUUGGGGACCUCAAGGGAUAUACACCUUUCGUAUUGGCGGACGAGCAUACCACCAAAUUGGGGCAUUACUCCCUGAAGCUGGAGAACAUCCCCGAUUUGCUCAAGUCUUCCUGGCGGGUCUAUCUGAAGCAGAACAGGCUGCUCAGCGAAACAUUCACAUCCGAGGGAGAGGUGAAGAGGGUGUUCUGACCCGCCUGGCUCAAAUGAUAGAAAGGGUGAACCCAUACUAUGCUGCUUUCAAGACUUUCCGUGACCGUGACAGGGAAUCCGAAGAGGACACGCCGAUUCUGUAUCUUACAGUUCUGAAUCCUCUGCAAAAUGACCCUCGCAGAUAUAACCGACCUACGUCAGACGAAGUUGCAUGUGUAUAUGUUGCCAAUGAAAAUGAACCGUCCCCAGGUCGUCACAUUCAAGUAUAUCUGCGAGGCGGUGGGGUUCGCAACAUUAGUGAACUGCACUCAGCAUAUCUUCCCCUGCAUUUCACUCUUAUAUACCCGCAUGGAGAGCCGGGAUGGCAUCCAAGGAUCCCUUUGGCUGGGCAACCACUGGGAGAUGAUGACGAGAUUGGUGAGGGGGAAGAUAUUGAGGAUGGAAAUGCUGGAGAUGGUGGAUUGGUAGCUGAAGUAAGACGCUAUGGGCGUGGAGGAUCUAAGCGAGUGACUCAAGCACAAUUUGCAACCUAUUACCUCUUCAAACGAUCGGGCAAUUUCAACACCGCACUCUAUUGUGGGCGACUCUUUCAGGAGCUAUUGGUGGAUCAGUGGUUGCAAGAAUCUGGGUGA